CCCUAUAAAUCUAACUACCUCUUCUUCGCCUCUUUCACACACAACUGAUUCAUCCUCAUCAUGGCUAGUAGCUGCCUUGAUAACAAGUUCAACCCACUUUUUCACACCAACAAGAAAUCACUCUGGGAUAUUGAUAUCCCACCCCGCAAGCUCCUCAGCCGCCGUGCUUCUGCCUCCUCUCCUGAGUCGUUUUUGGACGCCAUGUCACAGACCGAUUCUCCUCGGGUUCUGCCCGAGGAGACGUUGUUAAGGAAGUUUCUUCCUUACAAUACUUCAGAUGAUGAAGAUGGUGAUCCUUAUGCUGCUGAUCAUUUUCGUAUGUACGAGUUCAAGGUGCGGAAGUGUACGCGGAGUCGGUCACAUGAUUGGACCGACUGCCCGUUUGCUCACCCCGGCGAGAAGGCUCGCCGGAGAUGUCCGCGCAGGUAUAACUACUUAGGUACUGUGUGCGCGGACUUUCGACGUGGGAAUUGUAGCCGUGGUGAUUUGUGUGAGUUUGCUCAUGGUGUUUUUGAAUGCUGGCUUCAUCCUUCCCGUUAUCGCACUGAAGCGUGUAAAGACGGGAAGAACUGCCAGCGGAAGAUUUGUUUUUUCGCCCAUACGCAGCGUCAGCUCCGUGUGGUUCCAACGGAGCCCACCCGGGCUCCGGUGGAGAAGUGUUGCACGCAUUGUCGGUGCCAUUUAGAUGCGCAUCACACUAUUUCGCCUACCUCAACUCUUAAUCUUGAUCUUGAAAAUCUUUCACUUUCACCACCUGCUUCACCACCUUUCUCUCCGGCCCGGUCCGGAGCCGGGUUUUCUCCCAUCUCCCGAUUCGCGGACCGGCUCGCUAGAGCCGACUCUUUCGGUACGACUUCAAUGGGAAAUCCUAGCUCUAUCCAGCAAGAGACACUGAAUGAGCUUAUGAGAAACAACAGUGCUAUCCAGCAAGAGACGCUGAAUGAGCUUAUGAGGUCAAUGGAGGCGAUGACUGUGGAGGAGAAUGAGUUUCAAAACUUGAACCAUCCAUGGAUGGAUGCUUGCUUCAAUGGCAAUGGAGGUGUUGGUGGUGAACAGCAGUUUAUGAUGACGGGUGGUGAUCAUUUAAGGCAGAAUGGUUGUAAUGAGAGCUCAGUGAAUGGUCCUGAUCUUGGAUGGGUGAAUGAUCUUUUGACAUAGAUGACAAGUAGUAUUGUAUAUGAUGAUGACGACGUACGAUGAUGAUUGAUGAAGAAGUUGAUUAUUGUUAUUGUUUUUAUGAUUAUGAAUAUGUGUAUUUUUUUUCGUGAUCUAAUAUUUUGACUUGAAAUUGUAUGUGAUUUCAAGUGUGUAUGAAAAUGGAUAUUUUGAUAAUAACAAUAAUAUAUCGUCUUUUUAAA